CUUCCGCCAGUAGGUGGAGCUGUGCGCAUGCGUCGGUAUAGUAGCUGCGCAUGAAUUUCACGUGGAGUGCAUUAGGGGUAUAGGCGCACAUAGAUCGUUUGCGUUUUGAAUUCUAAGUUCAGCAAAAGUAAGGCAGAGAGUACCGGCGCUAGCAUGUCUAUUUUCACCCCGACCAACCAGAUCCGCCUCACCAAUGUGGCGGUUGUGCGGAUGAAGAAAGGAGGGAAGAGAUUCGAAAUCGCUUGCUACAAGAACAAAGUAAUGAGUUGGAGGAGCGGGGCGGAUAAAGAUCUUGAUGAAGUCCUGCAGACUCACUCUGUGUUCAUGAAUGUGUCCAAAGGGCAGGUGGCUAAGAAAGAAGAUCUGCUCAAAGCAUUUGGGACAGAAGACCAGACGGAAAUCUGCAAGCAGAUUUUAACCAAGGGAGAGGUGCAGGUGUCUGAAAGGGAACGAAGUACACAACUAGAGCAAAUGUUCCGAGAUAUCGCAACAAUAGUGGCAGACAAAUGUGUCAAUCCAGAAACUAAGAGGCCAUACACCGUGAACCUCAUCGAGAGAGCUAUGAAAGAUAUCCAUUACUCGGUAAAACCGACUAAGGGCACCAAACAACAAGCACUGGACGUUAUCAAGCAGCUUAAGGAGACCAUAAAAAUUGAGCGUGCCCAGAUGAGACUGCGCUUUAUCCUGCCAGCCAAAGACGGGAAAAGGUUGAAAGAGAAGCUGAAGCCGCUCAUCGCGCAUAUCGAGAGUGAGGACUUCCAGCAGGAGCUGGAGAUUGUGUGUUUAAUUGACCCUGGUUGCUUUCGAGAUAUAGACGAAGUGAUCCGGUGCGAGACUAAAGGGAAAGGCACUCUGGAAGUUCUCAGCUUGAAGGAAGUGGAAGAAGGAGACGAAAAACUGGAGUGACAGCACAUGCUGGCGCCAUUAAAUGGAUGUUUUAAGUCCUCUUUUGUUGUCAGCCUUUGUGUUUACAACAGUUUUAAUCAAGCAACGGCUUUCUCUGCAAAAUAUUGAUCUAAUGCCGCUAUGCAAAUUUGCUCUCCCAACUGCACUGACCUCUGUGCACGCGAAGGUUUAAGGUGAACCAUAUCUUACUAAUUUUGGGUGGAAGAGAAGUAUCAAAUGCAUUAUAUAAGUUUGCUUACACAUUUGUUUUUCUGAUAAUUAAUGUUUAAUAGCACUGAAUCAUGUACGUCUCUCAUACAGAAACGUCUGCUAGCGCCAUUUGGGCCUCAUACCACCUUAUGCUA